ACACGAUUUGUAGAGACUUCAAACCAGCAUUAGCUGGUCCACAUUGACCCGGAUUAUAAUAAGGUACCAGGGAUAGGGUUAGGGGGCUGGAGGAUUCAACACUUCGGUGAAGCGGACCAGAUGCUCCUCUAGUUUCAAACGACCGCCGGGCUGGACUAGAUCUAGAUUCGGUGCUUAAAGCCGAAACACCACCUGGGGGCUCCGCAGGACUACGUAUUUGCGGGUCAUUCGGUCUUGUGGGCAUGACUGCAUUGCAGCAGCGACUCUCGGUAGAAUGAACAUAGAAUAAUUGGCAAGGAAAAUUGGUUGAGGCUUGGGGUCGCGUCGACUGCUGGACUCGGCCUGGUUUGAAUAUACUGUCCACUUCCUUUUAGUGGACAACUGUGAGAGACUCGUUCUAGUUUUCUUUUUGUUAUUUGCCUCCUUCUACUCGCAUUCUUUGCUGGUUCAAGCUCAAGGUGUACUUUCUGUACCGUGGGUGGACUAUAUUGAGGAACGGCUGGAUUAGGCGUCUACUUUGCAGUGGAUCAAUCUUGUUCACGGGAUGUUCGAGUUUGUGAAAUUGAUGGUACUGUUGCUGGGGUUGAAUUGUGAGAGGAAUAACGGUAAUAGUUUUCGAAGACAUAGUCUGGAGAUGGUAAACUAAGUGAGGAGGGAUUGGUUUGUAGGUGUAGAUUCGAGGGGUUCAGUGGGUUGCAUAUACAUCUCGAAGGAUAAGCUGAUAGGGGAUAGUUCACAAGCAUUUGAAUAUGGCUCUGGGCAGCAGCCUGAAGGCGUUCAGAGCAUCGCUAACAUUACGGCGGUCUCGGUUGAUCAAGCCGCUGAGUAAAGCAGCCAAGCAAGCAGAACUGCAGGUUCCGCCGUAUUUCCUGUGCCCAAUCCACUUGGAUGUCAUGCUAGAUCCCGUGACCUUGUGCACAGGCCUCACGUAUGAUCGCAGUAGCAUAGAGAAGUGGCUUCGAACUGGCCACAAUACCUGCCCUGCUACAAAUCAGGUCCUCCAAAACCAAGAUCUCGUUCCUAACGACACUCUUCGUCACACCAUCAAAGCCUGGUGCGAAGCCAACAAGUUGCAGCUUCGAAUACCCACCAGAGUGGAUCCUGAGACAGUAAGCGAGAUUCUCCGCAGCAUCGCCCAACGCGAUACCAGCGUCGGUGUAUCCUUGAAGAGGAUCUCUGAGAUUGCGAAAGAUUUCGAGAGUAAUAGGGAGUAUAUCAAAGAUGCUGGAGGAAUCGCCAUACUCGCUGGAGCUUUGGCCCAUUCAACCACGAAUGAGCUCCUUUAUGUGGACGCUAUUAGUAUACUGUCCCUACUGCCGCUUGAUGAUGAAGACAUAAAAGUUCUGGUGGCUAAUCGGGCAACACUUUCAACGAUAUUUUCAGUUCUUGCGUCUGGAAGCGCGAGCUUGGACGCAAAGGUAAGUGCCGCUGAAGUGAUAUACACUGUCUGCGGAGAGGGUCCUAUGCUGAAAGAAUUAGUGGAUGACUGCCCUGAGGCAGUCAAAGCACUUUUAAAUCUGCUAAGAGAAGAUGCGAUCCUACCGCGACCGAAUUCAGUUGAGGCCGUUUUGAAAUGCUUGUUGGCCAUAAGCAUACCAAAGAAGAAUCGUGUUAAGCUUAUCGAAUGUAGAGCUAUCUCCGUUCUCGUAGAACUCAUCCCCAAGGUUGGGACGCGCAACGUGGAACACUCGUUUGCAGUUCUGGAGGUGCUGGCCAACUGCGCCGAAGGACGGGAAGCGAUCUCCAACCACUCUAGUGCCAUCGUAACCAUUGUCGACUCAAUGGUGGGAGUUUCCUAUCAGACGACGGACCAUGCAGUUGCGGCACUGGGACAGGUUCUCUCGCUCGCAUCCAACCGAACCGUGAUCAACACGGCGUUGCGUGCGGGUGCUUUUACGAAGCUCCUCAUGCUUCUACCCAGUGAUUACAGUCAACGUUCGAAGAAGAAAGCCCGGGAGACUCUCAAGUUGCUCAACGAGGUCUGGGGGAGCUACACAUUUCGAGCCAACGUGGAUUCCGGCAUCGUCAUCCACCGCCGCGACAGGAUCAAACAAUGGUCACUCUUUAGCGCCGAGUCUUGAUGAUCAUCUGCCGACCUCGUACAAUGCUGUUAGAAAACACCAGAUUUUCCUAAGUAGCAAGUAUAUCGUAGUUUUGCCGUACCAACGAAUUUAUUGCCACACCAAAAAACCAUUCUUUUCUGAGAGCUAGUGAUGGAGGAGAAGCUCGUCAAAUUCUUUUUGGGUGCUCUGCCGACAGGGGGUCCCUUAGUCAUCAGUGGAGUGCUCAAUUCGCACUGCUUGGUGGAAGUCUGGAAAUGGGUGCUUGGUGCAGCAUUCAAUGACUUACUACAAGCAGGGUCACAAACUGACAUGUAAGAUACCACGACACACAUGUAAAUAGCCGAGUGAAGUCACCAACCUCUCUGUCUGGUUUGGUUGAUCAUGCGGACACACAAGAUCUUGUUUCAUCUGAAAUAAUCUUGUUCGUGACUUGAAGGCUUCAUGUUCACUGAAACUUCUAAGUUAGGUCUCGAAGUUUCAAUGAUUGUAGUAUAUAAUAUAACUUGGGGAAUGUUAAAUACACCCAUGAUUUUACUAAAUCAACCCACAUUUCAUGAUGAA